AUGUUGCCAAAUAAGGAUCUGCAUGUGGAGGGUCUGUUUCGGGUUCCUGGGAACAGCCUGAGACAGCAGACGCUGAGAGAGCAGCUCAACAGCGGCGCAGACAUCGACUUCUCCUCCGGUGACUUCCAUCCCAACGAUGUGGCCACGCUCCUCAAGAGCUUCCUGGGAGAGCUGCCCGAGCCCCUGCUGACCCAGCGGCACCUGCACGCUCACCUGAAGAUCACAGAGCUCAGCCUGUUCGACGAUCACGGCAAUAAGACGAGUCUGCCGGAUAAAGAGCGUCAGAUCGAGGCACUGCAGCUGCUGCUGAUGCUGCUGCCCACCGCUAACCGAAGCCUGCUCAAGCUGCUGCUGGACCUGCUCUACCACACCGCCAAACAACAGCACAAGAACAGGAUGUCUGCGCACAACCUCGCGCUCAUGUUCGCCCCCCACGUCAUCUGGCCCAACAACAUGAAUGCCACUGACCUUCAGGAGAACCUGACGAAACUGAACAGCGGCAUGGCGUUUCUCAUCAAACACUCACAGAAGAUCUUUCGGGCACCGGUGUAUCUGAGGGAACAUGUGAGACUUCAGUUCGCAGACACCAGCAUGAUUCACUCCAAGGAUGAUCUGGAGCUGCUGUCAGUCGGCGGUUCUCCGUUCAUGUCGGCGUGGAAGAGGAGUGCAGCACGAGUGCGGUCAGACUCGGACAGUCACACUGAAGAGGCGCUUCGAGAGCUCUAUCGACACGUCACCCAUCACAUGCCAAACUCCGCCAAGAAGAAAAAACUCAUCCGACAGCUUGGCAAGCAGUCGACUCCUGGCACUCCUGUGAGUGAGAACACGACUCCUACCAGUAAAAAACACACGCGCUCGCGCUCCUUCGGUGGGCUUAUCAAGAAGAAGGUUUUGGGGAGCCAGCCUGCCGCAGACAGGAGGGGGAAGGAGAACAUCAGCUGUGAUCCAGUGAGCAGAAUGCCCUCAGCACCGGGUUCAGUGCCUUAUAUGUCUAUAUUGUGAGUUCUGCCCGAAUAGAAGACUUCACUCUAGACGACCAGAGGAGAUAGUUUAUAUUUUAAUUAUUUAUUUAUUUAGUUUUAACAUACUAAAAGUUGAGACUAAUUUUCAUUUAAUGUGUGAAUUCUUUUUUUUUUUAAUUCGCUGUAUGGUUUUAAACUGUUACGUCAGGUGUUGAUGGGUAAACCACUAGUCAGUUCCUCUGGCCGUUUAAACUGACCCAUGAUACGAUUAACUCACUCAGCUCAUUCAUAUUGCCGGUGUAUGUAUGUGUAAAUAUAUUUGCGUGUGUGGAAACGUGUGCUGAUGUCUGGACCAUAUGUAACUCGCAUUAUUCACUCAGUUUAUGCUGUAAUCAGAUUUUAAGGGAACGAUAGACAGCAUUUACUCACAAAAGUGUAUUACUGUCAUUUAGAGCUCUGUGAGAAUAUAAACUGCUAUUUGUUUACAUAUAUAGAUAUUGUCUUAAUAACACUGUGAACAUUUGAAAUAUGGUAUUUUGUGACUAGAACAGGACAAAUGUGCCUUUUUCUUUUACCUGAUGUUGCUUUUCUGGUGCAAAUCAUCAGCUUACAAAAGUUUCCAUGUAGUUUAACCACUAAGUCAAGAAGGUUCAUGUAUUUUUGUAUAAAAAUUAAUUUCAGUGUACGGUCAUUUUGUUUUCAUAUUGAGAAGUGCACAAAGCAGCCAUGUUUCUUUACUGAAGGUUGUUUUAGGUUUAAUUUCAAGGGUCUUUGCGAGGUGUUUCGAAGGUUUCUGUAUGUUACUAGUGAGGUGGAGAGGAUCACGGGAAGGAUGCAGUGGUUGGUUUGUAGGUGUUCAUAAGAUCAGCGGGUAUGUGGUGUGUGUGUGAACUUCAGUGGGCAUUAAAGAUGUGCUGAAAGGAAUUAAAGCGUGCUGGUUUUAUGCUCCUGGAGAGCACUGUGACGUCACUUCCUUUCAUCGUCCAUCAUUUAUAUUGCUCUUCCAGAUGUGUUUGGUUACAGGCGCUGGCCAAAUGCACAUUCCCUCGACUACAAUGGGAUUUAUAUUUGACUGAUGGUUUGCUUUUUCAUGUUUUUUUUCCUCCCGUUUUAAUGCUCAAACUCAAAUGUUGCUUAUCUAAAUCUAUAUUUUAAGCCUAAAAUGUUGCAAAAGGGGUGGUUAAAUUGUUGAAAUAACUGGAGCUAUUUUAAAACAUAAUUUAGGCCAGUAAAUAAAGCAUGCAAGCUUUCAAGUUUAAUAUUGCAUGCUGAUGGUGGACUUUACAACUCACAAACUGGAAUACACGUUCACAAUAAUCUGCGAUUCCUGAAGUGCUGAAGAAAAGAGGAGCUCAAUUUUCUUAAUUUUUAAUAAAUUAAUCAUUUUUAAUGAUUUGCAUUGUGUAAUUGUUAAGUGGGUGGUUUUAUGCAAGUGUGUGUGUGUUGAUGGGACAUGUGGAAGUUGUGCAGGUUGGUAUCUGUUGGAAAUGAUGGGAUGUAACAUUGGGAAAAUCAUUGAUUUGACAUAAACCACCUUUUCUUUUCUGUUACAGUAGUUAAAACUGGAGCAUUUGAAGCAUUUGUACUUGACCUGCUCUAGUACAAUGAGCCCUUCUGUGUAUUUUGUUUGUUUUUGUUUUAAUUAAAACUUUUAGC